AUGACAGUCGACCAAUGUCCUGCCAAUAUCAUCCUAGCACCAUGCGGACACCCCUUGAUCGAUCGAUCUAAAUUACGCCGACAGUGUUGUUAUAUUCGCGGAAAGCAGUACGAAAGUUCAACAUGUUGUCAAUCAAAGUUGGCUGCAGCCUAUGGAUUACGUCUACGCCCUGAUAAAUGCAAACAGAUGUGGAUCUCUUCGAGACCUCAAGCAGGAAUCAGGGUGGACGGACCAACGAUCGAACUAGUCGAUGAGUUCUGUUUCCUAACCUGUAUGCUGAAAAACGUCAGCCACGAGAAAGAUAUUCAGCACAAGCGCACUAAGGCCACUUGUGCAAUUAGAUCAAUGAAAUGUCUGUGGUGGACCCCAUCACCAGCUAAGUGGAGUCUAUCCGCAAUUCGCCCCAUCAUGAUGUGCGGAUCGGAGACUUCGCCAGCACUGGCAACCGUGAUGGAGAGUUUUGAUUGCAGGGAAAGGGAGCUGUUUACAAGGCUGCUUGGCUACUUUUGCUCUAAGGUGUGCGAAGAUGAAGAUGUGUACGUAGAAAUCGAUGUGGUGUACAGGGAUGACACGUGGAAGGUAUCAACAUCUUGCAGCACCAUCGAAAGUAGCUACAGAAAAUCAUCUCCGUUUCUUUGCUCACAUACUGGGGAGGACUGCAGAUCGCCUUGUUCAACGAGUUCUGAGCAGUUUGUCGGGUUCAAGCAGCAAAAGGUCACGUGUCCGAAAAUGGAAAAUGAAGGAUAUGGACUGAUUCUGUGCAAGCUCGAAUGGACUGAUUCUGUGCAAGCUCUCGCAGAAAAUCGAGGUUGGGGAGAGCUGUGUUCAAGGGCGGCACAUCGCGCAAAGCUGUGGGUAAUCGCGUCAGACAAUGAAGUCAGCCCGCCAAUUAAAUCAAAUCAAAUCAUCUAUAUUGUCGCUGGUGAUCUUCACGCAGCAAUGCUCAUGUGCUGGUACACUGAGAAACAAGUGCGUGCUACCAGCCGCAUCACAUCCGGUGUAACAACGCGCCUCUGA